AUGUGCGGUAUCUUCUUCUCGGUUGCCAGAGGUGGCCCAUCUUGGCCCGAUGAUGCCGCUGUGGACGCGCUCAAGGCACGCGGCCCUGAUAGCUACAAGGUCUUGAAUGUCACUCUCCCAGAUCCUCCGCCGGGAAAUCUCUACUUGACGUUUGCUUCGUCCGUCUUGGCCCUACGAGGAGAUCGUAUUCAGGAGCAACCAUUACGCGAUCCGUCCUCUGGAUCCAUCUUGUGCUGGAAUGGAGAGGCCUGGAAGGUCGACGGAGUCAACGUCCAAGGAAACGACUCUGUGCAAAUCUGGCAGCGUCUCCUUGAGGCCUCACACUCUUCCGACGAACAUGAGCACAAGACCAUUUUGCAGGUGCUAUCGAACAUAACAGGACCAUUUGCAUUUGUCUUCUACAGUGCCCUUUCCGCCACCGUCUAUUAUGGACGAGACAGUCUUGGGCGCCGCUCUCUUCUCAUGGACCACUGCGAUGAGCAAUCACUAACGCUGUCUAGUACUGGCAUAUCAAAUCUCAGAAGUUUCUCAGGAGAAGUUUCUACCGCCGCGGUCCACUAUCUUUCGCUAAAGCAAAAGGAUGUCACGUUGGGCGAUCUUCCCUGGCUCAACGCAUCGCCUCCCAUUAACAAAUCCCUUCCCAGUCAUGUGCCCGCCACCACCCCGUCUCCGUCUAGUGUUGAAGAAUGCAUACAGUACCUGAAAAGUGCCCUGCAAUGUCGAGUCAUGGAUAUUCCCGACCUUUCUCACGGCCCCAGACCUCAAAAUUCCGCCAAGGUUGCCAUCCUCUUCUCGGGUGGACUAGACUGCACACUGCUUGCUCGCCUAACACACGACAUUUUGCCCCGGAAUGAACCCGUCGAUCUCCUCAAUGUGGCAUUUGAAAACCCUCGAUCUAUUACUGCAAACGGGAACCUCCCAGGUUCACCUUACGAAACCUGCCCGGAUCGCGUGACGGGACGAUCUAGUUUUUCUGAGCUCUGCCAGGUGUGCCCGGAAAGGACAUGGAAAUUUGUUGCCAUCGACGUCCCCUACUCUGAAUCUCUCGCUCACAGACCUACCGUGAUAAGGCUCAUGUAUCCUCACAACACCGAAAUGGAUUUGUCUAUUGCCACGGCACUGUAUUUUGCAGCAAGAGGUCAAGGGGAUGUUUUAGAAAACAGAUCGGGUUUGUGGACGGAGACCCGAAAAUCUUUCUCGACUGCCCGAGUCUUGCUUUCCGGCCUCGGAGCGGAUGAAUUGUAUGCUGGAUAUUAUCGACACUCUGCGGCCUUUGCUCGAGGGGACUUGUCGGAUCUCGUCGACGAGCUUGAGCUAGACUUUAGUCGUAUGGGAUCUCGCAACCUGGGUCGGGAUGACCGUGUCAUGAGCCAUUGGGGCAAAGAGGUGCGUUACCCUUACCUGGAUGAAGAUUUUGUACGUCUCUCCUUGAGUCUUCCUGUCUGGGAGAAAUCUGGCUUCAGACCCGGAAAGAGAAUUCCAAAACAUUAUGGACGGAUUGACCGGGUCGAGAAGCCCGAGGAUCUUGAGCCAGCGAAAUUGCUCCUGAGGCUAGCCAUGUGGAAGCUCAACAUGAAGACAGCCGCUUCGGAGAGAAAGAGAGCCAUUCAGUUCGGUGCACGAACGGCGAAAAUGAACGCUGGCCAGGGCAGGAUGAAAGGCACCGAUGUUCUGGUUUGA